GAAAAGUUCAUAACUUUGACCACUUUGAUUGAAUCAUUUUCUUGAAAAUAUUAUUAAGUAGAGAGAUUGGUACACAUAUUCAUAUCAUUCAACGUCGUUCUCGUUACAAGAAAGAGAGAUAGGUAGAGAAGAAGAGAGUGUGAGAGAGAGGCAAAAGAGAUGGCUACGAACCCUGAUUUUCUUCGGUGCAAAGAAGAAAGAAAUAACGAAAGCUUCUUCAAGGUGCUUCAGAGUGUUGUUGAUGUUUCUUCAGAAACCUUGCGGGCACUUCCUCAUGACUUUGUGAGAAGCUUCACCGACAAAGAGCUCUUCGGUAAGAUGAAGAUAAGAACGCAAUGGGGACGCUCUUGGGAAGUAGGAAUCUCCAAAAACCCGAGAUUUUACUACAUGGAAAAGUCUGGAUGGGACAGGUUUGUGAGGGACAACUCCUUGGGAAACAAUGAGUUUAUUACCUUCACUCACAAAGGAAAUAUGCACUUUACUUUGAACAUCUUUAAGCUAGAUGGGAAGGAGAUGAUGCAACCUCCACAAUCCAGAGCCUUGUUGGCUUCUUCAAGUCGUUUCAAAACUGAACAAGGGGAAGAUGACAAGAAGGAAGAGGUGGUGUCUGAGUUGAGUGAUCGUGGCAGGACAACCGCAGCUGAAUCUAAUGGAAGGAAGCUCAACCUUAGGAAGAAGGCAGCUGAGGAGUCCCAAGAAUCUAAAAGGACCGAGAAAUUAGGAGCCUUUUCAUUGGUCAUUUUCUCUACUGCUACAGAAUUCACCAGCUUAGUCAAGCAAGGGUAUCUCAAAUUCCUGAGGCUCCGAACUUCUGUUGCUAAGGAUCAUAUGCCGGAUGAGAAAACAAUGUUCAAAAUCCAUCACCCAAAUGGGAAGAAAUGUUGGGAUGUGGUUUAUUUGGGGAGGUUUGGAGUUUUCUCUGGUGGAUGGUCACGUUUGGUUAAAGAGUAUCCCCUUGUUGUUGGAGAUACCUGCAAAUUUACAUUCAUCAAACCAGAGGAGCUACUUCUAGUUGUCUCCAAACCCUAAUGAUGAUGGAUGUGAGGGUGUCUUGGAGAAGAUAUUACUACUGAUUAAAACAACUCUGUGUUUAUUGAUGUUGUCUUAAUACUUUAGUUUGGUUUUAAGUUGGCAUCUGAACUUUGCUUCCUGUCUGUCUGACGUAUCUCUGUAGCUUAAUAUGUUGGGACCAAUUAUCAAAAUCAUUAUAUGUAUGAAUGACUCUAAAAUCAAAUUAUCAACCUAAUGGUAACUUU